AUGAGACAUGAGGCUGUAAGAUUGUGUGCCGUUUUUUCAGUCCCUGGAACACUCCUGGUAUAUUAUGAUCUGUCAACGGAUGGAACUCGAAUACCUGCGUGGAUAUUUGCAGACCUCUUGGAGUCGUUUUAUACUAUAAGCUCCACCCUCAGCUUGAUUCCCUCGACAUUCACAAUGCUCUCCACAAGAUUCCUUCCUCUACUUGCCAUUCAAACUCUGGUUUCCGCGUCUUACUAUCAAGUCAACAAUGUCAUCGCCCCUUUAACGAUCAAAGCCGGAGAAGAAUUCUCAGCGACUCUGGUCAUUGAGGAGAUAAACUAUUUCACCUUGCCUCUCAGUGUGGCAUGGGGUUUAUCCGAUUCCACCACUCAAAGUGGCUACAACCCUGGAAUCCUGCUAGAAGUUGAUACUCUCUUUCACAAACUUCACCAAGGAGUUCGAGAGGUCGAUUACAACUUGACCGCUCCGACAGAGCUUUUUGGUCCUUACACUUUGAUUGCCUUUAUCACGUGUGAACAGGAUAGAUCCACCUACAAAAUCGCGCCAUAUUUCAACAUAGUGGGUAACGGCUUGUGCUCAUACGUCUUUGAAGAUCACAGACUCCCCGAUAGUUUUAGGGACCCGAGGAUCAUCGGUGAUGCUGAUCCAUUUGAAGCAAACGUUUCCGAGGAAUGA